ACCCGAGAACUCACUACCAGCUCUUCCGUGGUUAAGCACCUACUCCAUACAUACCUGUCACAAGAUGCAUUCACAAUCACUCCCCUCGCUGGUGCUCUCAGCUGCAUACCUUCUCUCUCAACUUUCAGCAGCCUCAGCUGCAGGCUGCAGCAAUUUUACCUAUCUAAGCGCUGCUAUGAACGGCCCCGACGGCAGCAGCCCCGAGUUCGAACAAGCCAUUGAUUUCCUCUCCUGCCCUCCCAGCUCCAAAAGCGACUGCCAACUUACCCCAAAGACGUACACCAUCACCGUCCAGCCCCAGAUCAACAUAUCCUCCACCAACAACUACAGCACCAACCAAGAUAGCAACUCCGUCUUCAACUCUGCUUCCGACUCCACAGAUGCGACUGCUCUCUUCUCUUCAGCAACGCAGCUGUGGCCUUCUCACCAACUCAACACCACGAUCAAUGGAUCCAUCACCACAACCGUCAGCACGGUGAACCUUUCCCAGACAUACGGCAGCAAUUUCCUCACUGUAACCAAGGGGACCAACUACACGCUGAAAUACCACCCGUACACAUCGUACAUGUAUGCGCUGGUGGACGGCUGCCAGAACCAAUCGAUUAACGGCAGCCUUGUGGACGUCAUCAUGCCGUACUAUAAUGCAGGUUCUCAGGUCUUGGCUGGCAAGUUUGUCUCGGACGUCGUCGCAAUAAACACCACGACAAAGAGUGCGGCAAGCAGUAGAACAGGGAUGAGCUUUGGAGUCAUGAUGGCUUGGAUGGGAGGCGUUUUGGUCAUGUCACUGGUGUUGUAGGGUUGAGAUUGAUGGUGGUGGGUUCAGGCACGGACGGAUGGACUGCUCAUGUAUGUAUGCGUUCUUAUAGGUAUGUAUAAACUACUAAGAGCGUUCAAUAGGUUGCUUCACUUCUUGACAGUCUCGAGCUAUGC